CUUUCUUCAGCGUUGCGCUUUUCCACCAACAGACGAUAUUACGUUCUAGCUAGGAAAACAGGAUUCAAUAAAGAGUGGAUAGCUCGUUGUAUCACCAUGGAGUCCUACGAUAUAAUAGCAAAUCAGCCUGUGGUGAUUGAUAAUAGUUGAUCAGGCUGUUUGUGGCCUGUGGAAUGUUGUCCCACUCCUCUACAAUGGCCGAAUGAAGUUUCUGGAUAUUGGCGGGAACUGGAGCAAGCUGUUGUACAUAUCGAUCCAGAGCAUGCCAAACUUGCUCAAUGGGUGACAUGUUUGGGCUCUGGUGUUGUUAAAGCUGGUUUUGCAGGAGACCAGAUCCCCAAAUACUGCUUUCCAAACUAUGUGGGUCGUCCAAAGCAUGUUCGGGUGAUGGCAGGUGCGCUGGAGGGAGAUCUCUUCAUUGGCCCAAAAGCAGAGGAACACAGGGGACUUCUGUCUGUGCGGUACCCUAUGGAGCAUGGUAUUGUUAAGGACUGGAAUGACAUGGAGCGCAUCUGGCAAUAUGUGUACUCUAAGGAGCAACUACAGACCUUCUCUGAAGAGCAUCCUGUGCUUUUAACAGAGGCCCCCUUAAACCCAAGUAAAAACCGUGAGCGUGCAGCAGAGGUGUUCUUUGAGACCUUCAAUGUACCAGCGCUCUUCAUCUCCAUGCAGGCAGUAUUAAGCUUAUAUGCCACAGGGCGGACAACAGGAGUGGUGCUGGAUGCUGGUGAUGGGGUAACCCAUGCUGUGCCCAUCUAUGAGGGCUUUGCCAUCCCUCACUCUAUCAUGCGGGUGGACAUUGCUGGGCGGGAUGUCUCACGCUACCUACGCCUGCUACUGCGCAAGGAAGGCUAUGACUUCCACACUUCAGCUGAGUUUGAGGUUGUGCGGACUAUCAAAGAGAGAGCAUGCUACCUAUCUCUGAACCCACAGAAAGAUGAAACCUUGGAGACGGAGAAGGCACAGUACACUCUUCCUGAUGGCAGCACGUUGGAUAUUGGCCCUGCUCGAUUCCGAGCCCCAGAGCUUCUCUUCCGUCCAGACCUGAUAGGGGACGAGAGUGAAGGAAUCCACGAGGUUCUGGCUUUUGCCAUUCAGAAGUCAGACAUGGACCUGCGACGUACACUCUUUUCCAACAUUGUCCUCUCUGGGGGCUCCACUCUCCUCAAAGGUUUUGGUGAUCGAUUGUUAAGUGAAGUGAAGAAGUUGGCACCCAAAGAUGUGAAAAUAAAGAUCUCUGCACCCCAAGAACGACUCUACUCCACGUGGAUAGGGGGCUCCAUCCUUGCGUCACUGGACACCUUCAAGAAGAUGUGGGUGUCAAAGAAGGAGUAUGAGGAAGACCGAGCACGUGCCAUCCAUCGGAAGACCUUCUGAAGAGGUGGGCGGUGCUCCUAUUAUGCCCAAAAACCUCUGGUUCAAGUCCACCAACUACUCAACUACACCCCCUUCCCCAUUACCCCUUUGAUAAGGAGAGUUCAUGGCUCCCUAUGGCAUGCCUUCUACAGACUCCCCUCCACACGCCAAAUGACAGGGACACUGGCCAGGACUGGCAAAGUGUUGGGCAGCCAUUACCAGACAGACCCAGAACCUGUCCCAAUGACAAGGCUUUAAGUUGCAUCUCUUGAUAUUGUGGACUUUAUUUAUUUUUAACAUUUAAGCAAAUUCUUUAUUUAUUCUACGAUUUGUUAUGCCCCAUAUGAAAUGGAUCAUAAAAUCCUUAACUUAAAUGGCAAUGAAGGGGAACGUUCUGCUUUACUUUGAUGUAUAGAUUCAAUUAAGAGAUGUGUUUUUACCUUUUGGGUUUUGUUACUGUGGCACAUUAAACAUAGUGUGCAAAGACACCUUAA